AUGGUGACUAUUGCAGAGUCGCCAUGUUCAUUGCAAACAGUCACAACAACAAAUAUUACAUGUGAGACUGGCAGUUAUCAAUAUAAAAGUGUACGAGCCCAAGUCAAGGUAUUCGUCAAUGGUAGUGGCUAUGCAAUCAGUUCAGUUGAUUUUCAAUACAUUGAUCUUUGGUCGAGUCCAUGGACAUGGGGUGGUAAUGAGCCACCAGAAGCUGGCACACUUGUGGUAAUUGAAAACUAUGUGACUAUCUAUUUGGAUAUCAAGACACCUAUUCUGAAAGUACUUGUUAUUGACAAUUCCACAUUAAUUUUCGACGAUUCACAAGAUGUUGCUUUGAAUGUUGAGUAUAUUGUCAUCGUCAACGGUGGUCAUCUUCAAGUCGGAACAGAAUCAACUCCAUUUCAACAUCGUGGUAUUAUCACUAUGUAUGGACACUUGCGAUCGAUCGAAUUACCUAUUUUUGGUGCCAAAGUGUUGGCUUUGCGUGAGGGAACAGUGGACAUGCACGGAAUGCCUACUGUUCGAACUUGGACACAACUUGGAACGACAGCUAGUAAUGGUUCAACAACAAUUACUCUUCUUCAACCUAUCGAUUGGAAUGUUGAUAGUCAAAUCGUUAUCGCAACUACGGGUGAUCGUUUCAGUCAGAAAGAAAGUGAAAUCCGGCGAAUUGUGAAUAUCUCAUCGAAUGGACUUACAUUAACCUUGGACAUACCAUUGAAAUAUACCCAUUUGGGCGUUAUACAAACGUUGAAUUCAACAACCAUCGAAAUUCGCGGUGAAGUUGGUCUUCUUUCGCACAAUGUCGUCUUCCAAGGUUCAAUUACCGAAACAUGGGAUGAAACCAUAGAAGAAUGUCCGGCUGGAUUCAAUCCGGUAGCUGGUAUCACUCAUUAUGGUUAUUGGUAUCGAUUGAGUAAUAAACCUGAAGGACUUUCACUUCUCACAAAUCCCAACUAUUGUCCUAAUCGACAGCCUUUCGGUCGCUUCUACAAUAAUAGUGUACAUAGUACAGGUCGAUUUGGAGUCUGGAUCUAUCCUGAAUAUGCUCCCACUACCUCAGGUGAUUGUAACGAUAUGCAACCGUCACAAGCGAUACUCGAAGGCUUGGUAUCGUGGAAAAAUAAUAAAGGCAUUGAGCUAGUCAUGACUCGCACAACACAAAUCAAGAAUGCAGUAGUCUUUGACAAUGCGGAUAUAGGUGUCGCCUACAUCACAGCUGUUGGUCAUCAAGAAACCAAUCCACCGUAUCUACGCGCAACAUUCUAUGAUACUGAUAAUGGCUCAUCAGUGAUUGAUAGUAUAAUUAUCGGCGAUGCGGGUAUCUCCUCCACGCCAAUUGUACCAUCCACUGCAGGUCUUGUAGUCAUGUGGGACCGUGGUCUUCGUGUUCGCAAUGUUGCUUUUAUCAAUUUUCCAAGCAAUGAGACACGUGCUAUAGUCGGACCGAUCAUCCUUGGCCGAUGUACUGAUCGUUGUGGAGGUACGAAUGCAACUGAUCGUUUUGAAAACCCAUCAACAGCUAAUACAAGCAUCGAUAUAGAAAUAUCAUUUCAAGUUUACACAUGUCCGUGCAACAACUGUGGAUGCCCAACAACUACAACUACAACGGCCACCACAGCUACAACAACAACGGAGACAACGACAACGACUACAUCAGCUACAACAACUACGACUACAUCAGCUACAACAACCACAGCUACAACAGCCACAACAACCACAGCUACAACAGCCACUACAACUACAGAGACUACAGCCACAUCUACUAUUUAUCUACCUCCAAUACAACCCGUUGAUGAAUUACCAUCAAAUCCGCAACUGGGAGGUAAUUAUGUAAUGUAUGUUGAUAGCAUCUUCAUUAAUGGUGGCCGAUUGAUUGCUGGUAAAUAUCUUAGCGCUGAAGAAAUGGUAGUCAUUUUUUGUGAAUUUCUGAUAGGUUUACCCAACGCUCCAUUCAAUGGUAGUGUCGAUAUUAUUUUGAGAUAUACUGGUCCAGUUACUAUGCAAUUGCCUUGGAAUUUCCCUGUGAAAGAGUCACGAACUAUUGGCGUUCUGGGUGGCCUUGAUUUACAUGGUAUGUCACGUGGAAUCACUUGGACACGUCUUGCUGUGACCGCUAUGUCGGGUCAAACUGUCAUAAUCUUGCGCGAACCAGUCAGUUGGGUUGUUGGCGAUGAAAUUAUCAUAACAACCACAGAUACAAGCAUUUCUCACACUGAACGACAUCGCAUCAUCAAUAUUGAAAAUGCGACGAUAAUACAUACUGAAGUACCAUUAGCAUAUAGUCAUCUCGUUAUUCAACAUGCACUAGCUAAUGGACAAACGAUUAGUGUGGCCGCUGCAGUUGGAUUAUUGACACGUAACGUACGCGUAAUUAAUCAAUACCAAGGAUCUAGUCUAUCUGGAUUCCGAAUUUUGAUCACUGACUAUCAAACAGAUGUGUUACAUAUUUACUCCAAUACCAUGUACAAUGCAUACUAUAAAGGUUAUGCUCGAUUAUCGAAUACGCAAUUUAUCGGCUUCGGACAGUUGAAUGAUGGUUAUUAUAGUGAUCAGCAAUCAGGUAUUUAUAUAAAUCAUCUCGGUGAUUAUAAUUCAAGCAGAGCUACUUUCAUCGAUGCUUGUUCGUUCGAUGGUGGAUUUAAUGCAGCUAUUGGUAUGCGGACCACGAAUGGUAUACCAAUUACAAACAAUGUUAUAUACAACACAUAUCGAUCAGGCAUUGUUGUGACUGGAAUGAACAAUGUCGUUCAAAAUAAUCUCGUCACAACUGUCUACUGGGUGGGUACAGGCCAAGAUCCAUCAGUUGCCCAAUUUAGUUCGAAUUAUGAUGGUGCAAUUAUGGCUCGUGAUGCUACCAGUAAUAAUUUGGUUGCCGGCGUUGAACGUUUGGCCUAUCGUAUCCCUGGUGAAUCAUGUGGAGGUCAAGAUAUUUAUAUUCCACCGAAUAUAAUCAAUGAAUAUUCGAACAAUGAAGCACAUUCGGCCAUGUCCGGCGUCAACCUUUGGCCGUCAGACAAAGGGUUUAUAUAUGAUCGAACUGUAACACAUGUGCCGGUUGCCAGUCGCGUCAAUAUUCGUUCUUCGCUAGUGGUCGGUUCGAUUACAAGGGAAGAUUGUGGAGAUAGAAUUAAUCCAAAUUCGAUAAAUAUUCGAUUAUCACAAAUUGCAAUACCUGGCGUAUCAGCAAACUCAUCUUCUGGUAAUGCUGGUGGUCGAUCUGGCAUAGUUUUUCCAACUAUUUCAAGGAACAACUACAUGCCCAUUCGCUCGUGGACUGGAAUUGGUAUAUAUCCUUGUCUCGAUGGUCUGAUGCUCAUCACCAAUACGACUCUUGCUUUCUUCAACAAUACUUGUGGUCGACACGAUGUAGCGAUUCAAGUGUCACAGAGCAAUGAUGAUGGACAAUUUCCGAUUGCAACAAAUUCCAUGUUUGUCUAUAAUAUAUCUCAAGAAAAUCUUAUUUUCAAUGGCGAGCCAAACUUAGGUGUGGUAAAUCCAAGCAGAUGCGGCGGUAGUCAACAGCAUGGUAUCGGAGAUUUUCGUAUUCCUCGAAUAGCAUUGACCAAUUUGACCGGACACAGAAUCAAUAUCAACUUAACUUAUCCAUAUCGUGGGAUCAGUCGCAGUAAUUCCUGUUCUCUUCAAUCAUCGUGGGGAAUGUACAUAUGCAAUUCGAGUGCUGAUUAUCGUAUGUUGAUCAUCGAAAGUAUGGAUUCGGAUACGGAAAAACGACGUCUUUCGCCUGUUGCUAUCAUGUCCAAUAGUGGCUACAUUGAUCUCAUCAAUGGACCUCAAGAUCAGAGCAUCUGCAAUGGUUAUUCUUGUCGAAAGCGUAUCUCAACAUUCAUGGCCAUCGUUCAAUCUGGGCAAACCUAUCAAAUCUUUUUCUCAAGUACUCCCCCUAGACAUACACGUUUUCGCUUGCUCAAUGCUGAUUCUACAAUAAAAUGUGUUUUGGCUCUUCACUACGAUUCAUUACAACAAAUCGAUGUCUAUGCCAACACGAUGUACAUACCGCCAACUAAUAGAGAUCUUCGAGCGCCUGGUCUCAUGUUACUUGAUCAACCAAAUAACGUCACAUUAUUGUCACCAUCUGGAAGCAACUACUUUGAUAGUCGUAUUCGUCGUCAAGCAUCGUCUGUUUUAUUACCCAUAAAAUUACAGAUUGAACUGCGGGAUGAACCUCGCACCAGUUCGAUUGCCUCGACUGGAAUUCGAGCAGAAAUUCUAUCGAAUAUUGCUUCGACUAUCAUCAAUCGUUAUCAAGCAGGUGAAUUACAAGUGGCAUGGAGAAAUCUCAAUGUAACAAAUGGUAGUUUCCCAUCUGUCUUGAGUACACAAGAACCAUUUGAUAACUCAUCAGUUGAACUGAGUAUCAUCAAUCGACUUUUACUUGUCUUACCACCGAGAGACUGCCGGCAGCAGAGUCCGUGUACGUUUCAACCAGUGCUCGUGGCAUACGAUGUAGCAGGAAAUGUCAUUCAAAAGUUAGGCUCAAACGAGCGACCAUGGCAAGUGAAAGCUACUGUCGUAGGUCGGCCAAAUCUAAUUUUGCCGGGUGGUAUAGCCAAUUAUUCUGAUGGACAAACACAGUACAUUCUAUUCGGUCUACCAGAUAUCGGUACUCAACAAGUUCAAUUUACUCUGAUUCAACCAGAUGGUGUUAACAGUUCAUUCUUAGCGACAACAAACCUGAGUGUUCAAGCUGCGUCUGUCUCUGUGACACAAGCAGUUCUAGCUGGUCAGCAAGUGAAAAAUGUCUAUGUUGUCAAUGUCAAUGAAACAUUUAGUAUCGCUGUCAUGCCAGUUGAUAGUGUUACUCAACUACGUCUCGGACAAAUUCAAUGGGGAAGUAGUGUGGGCGCGAUUGUUCAGGUCGACUCAGAAAAUACAAAUAUAUCAAAAGCCGUAACAAGCAUGUUAGCGGAUCCAAAUGCCAUACCGCGUUUAAGUCUUAUAAUGGUAAAUAUCAAUGGUCAUUCGUACUCGCGCUCGUCUUCGUCGAGUAAUGAUGCAGCGAGUAAUGCCGAUAAUUCGAAUAGUAACACCUUAAUUGUCGGUCUCGUGGUUGGCCUAGUUGGUGGUCUAUUACUUGUAAUCGGCGUCGUUUGGGGUUAUAAAGCACGUGAACGAAUGCUUACUCGUCAUCGUCUUGGAGUAGGAGAAACCGAUGAAGACAGACUGACAGGAAUCGAUGAAAAUUGUGUCGCAUCACCGAGACUUGAUAAACCCAUAAGUGUACCAAACUUGGAACCAAUUGAGUUCUCUCGAGUGUCCACUAUCCCACCGCCAUCCAAUGGAAUGCAUUCGACUCAACCCUUCAACCAAGCCGAACUUCAGUCGGCUGCAUGUAAUCUUAACUUGCAUAAUUUCAACAAAGCUGAGGAGUUAGUUCCAUCGUCCGCAAUAGAAUUGAUUGCAUUCGAUUGA